GCCCGGCCGGGCCUGGCGGGGCCCCCGAGGCGCGGAGAUAUCAGGAUUCCUCCUGGGAACACUGACACCUUGCUGGGGGUCUUGAAGUUUCUCUGAGAUGAACUGAUGAAUUGGAAUCAUGGUGCAGAAGAAGAAGUUCUGUCCUCGGUUACUUGACUAUCUAGUGAUCGUAGGGGCCAGACACCCAAGCAGUGAUAGUGUGGCCCAGACUCCCGAGCUCCUGCGGCGGUACCCCCUGGAGGAUCACGCUGAGUUUCCGCUGCCCCCCGACGUAGUGUUCUUCUGCCAGCCUGAGGGCUGCCUGAGCGUGCGGCAGCGGCGCACGACCCUGCGGGACGACACCUCUUUCGUCUUCACCCUCACUGACAAGGACACCGGAGUCACGCGUUAUGGCAUCUGUGUUAACUUCUACCGCUCCUUCCAGAAACGAAUGCCGAAGGAGAAAGGGGAGGGGGGGGCCGGGUCUCGGGGGAAGGAAGCACCACGUGCCACCACCUGUGCCUCCGAAGAGAGCUCGGAGAGCGGCUCAUCCCUGCAGCCUCCCAGUACCGAUUCCACCCCUGACGUGAGCCAGUCUCCUCGGGGCAAGCGCCGGGCCAAGGUGGGGAGCCGUUCCCGCAACAGUACGCUGACAUCCCUGUGCGUGCUCAGCCACUACCCCUUCUUCUCCACCUUCCGAGAGUGUCUGUACACCCUCAAACGCCUGGUGGACUGCUGUAGCGAGCGACUCCUGGGCAAGAAGCUGAGCAUCCCUCGAGGCAUUCAGAGGGACACCAUGUGGCGCAUCUUUACCGGGUCGUUGCUGGUGGAGGAGAAGUCCAGCGCCCUCCUGCAUGACCUUCGCGAGAUCGAGGCCUGGAUCUACCGGCUGCUGCGCUCCCCGGUGCCCGUCUCUGGGCAGAAGCGAGUAGACAUUGAGGUCCUCCCCCAGGAACUCCAGCAAGCGCUGACCUUUGCUCUUCCAGACCCCUCUCGAUUCACCCUAGUGGACUUCCCCCUGCACCUUCCCUUGGAACUUCUGGGUGUGGAUGCCUGCCUUCAGGUGCUCACCUGCAUCCUGCUAGAGCACAAGGUGGUGCUGCAGUCCCGAGACUACAACGCACUCUCCAUGUCUGUGAUGGCCUUUGUGGCCAUGAUCUACCCCCUGGAGUACAUGUUUCCUGUUAUCCCACUGCUGCCCACCUGCAUGGCAUCAGCAGAACAGCUGCUGUUGGCUCCAACCCCAUAUAUCAUCGGGGUCCCUGCCAGCUUCUUCCUCUACAAACUGGACUUCAAAAUGCCUGAUGAUGUGUGGCUAGUGGAUCUGGACAGCAACAGGGUGAUUGCCCCCACCAAUGCGGAAGUGCUCCCUAUCCUGCCGGAACCAGAAUCCUUAGAGUUGAAAAAGCAUUUAAAGCAGGCCCUUGCCAGCAUGAGUCUGAACACCCAGCCCAUCCUCAACCUGGAGAAAUUCCAUGAGGGCCAGGAGAUCCCCCUUCUCUUGGGGAGGCCUUCCAGUGACCUUCAGUCCACACCUUCCACCGAAUUCAACCCGCUCAUCUAUGGCAAUGAUGUGGACUCUGUGGAUGUUGCAACCAGAGUGGCCAUGGUCCGUUUCUUCAACUCCCCCAACGUGCUGCAGGGCUUUCAGAUGCACACACGUACCCUGCGUCUCUUCCCGCGGCCGGUGGUAGCUUUUCAAGCUGGCUCCUUUCUAGCCUCACGUCCCCGGCAGACUCCUUUCGCUGAGAAGCUGGCCAGGACGCAGGCUGUGGAGUAUUUUGGAGAGUGGAUCCUUAACCCCACUAACUACGCCUUUCAGCGAAUUCACAACAACAUGUUCGAUCCGGCCUUGAUUGGCGAUAAACCCAAGUGGUAUGCGCAUCAGCUGCAGCCCAUCCACUACCGCGUCUAUGACGGCAACUCCCAGCUGGCCGAGGCGCUGAGCGUGCCGCCCGAGCGCGACUCGGACUCGGACCCGACCGACGACAGUGGCAGUGAUAGUAUGGAUUAUGAUGACUCAAGCUCUUCCUAUUCUUCCCUUGGUGACUUUGUCAGUGAAAUGAUGAAGUGCGACAUCAAUGGUGAUACUCCUAAUGUGGAUCCCCUGACACAUGCGGCACUGGGGGAUGCGAGUGAGGUGGAGAUUGACGAGCUGCAGAACCAGAAGGAAGCAGAGGAGCCGGGCCCGGACAGCGAGAACUCUCAGGAAAACCGCCCGCUGUGCUCUAGCUCCAGCACCACCGCCAGCAGCAGCUCCAGCACCAUCAUCCGUGGGGCCAGCUCCGAACCUUCUGACUCAGCAGAGAUGGAUGAUAAAGCAGCAGCAGGCGGCUCCAAGCCCCUUCCCCCCGCACCUCCCAGCACCGGCAAAUCAAGUGUGGACAGGCGUCCCGGAGAGGGGUCAGUGCGCCGGCGACCCUAUGACAGUCCCAACUUCGAGCCCCAGUAUGGCUCUCCCCCUGAGGAAGAUGAUGAUGAGCAGGGGGAGAGUUACACUCCCCAAUUCAGCCAACAUGUCAAUGGCAAUCGGGCUCAGAAGCUGCUGCGGCCCAACAGCUUGAAACUGGCCAGCGACUCAGAUGCAGAGUCAGACUCCCGAGCGAGCUCUCCCACCUCCACCGUCUCCAACAACAGCACCGAGGGCUUCGGGGGCAUCGUGUCUUUUGCCAGCAGCCUAUAUCGGAACCACGGUACCAGCUUCAGUCUUUCAAACCUCACACUGCCCACCAAAGGCGCCCGCGAGAAGACCACGCCCUUCCCCAGUCUGAAAGUAUUUGGGCUAAAUACUCUAAUGGAGAUUGUUACUGAAGCCGGCCCCGGGAGUGGUGAAGGAAACAGGAGGGCCCUGGUGGACCAGAAGUCUUCUGUCAUCAAACACAGUCCAACGGUGAAGAGAGAGCCUCCGUCACCCCAGGGCCGGUCCAGCAAUUCCAGUGAGAACCAGCAGUUCCUGAAGGACGUGGUACACAGUGUGCUGGACGGCCAGGGAGUUGGCUGGCUCAACAUGAAAAAGGUGCGGCGGCUGCUGGAGAGCGAGCAGCUGCGGGUGUUUGUCCUGAGCAAGCUGAGCCGCACGGUGCAGUCUGAGGAUGACGCACGGCAGGAUGUCAUCCCCGAUGUGGAGAUCAGCCGAAAGGUGUACAAAGGAAUGUUGGACCUGCUCAAGUGCACCGUCCUCAGCCUGGAGCAGUCCUAUGCCCGCGCGGGCCUGGGGGGCAUGGCCAGCAUCUUCGGGCUGCUGGAGAUCGCACAGACCCACUACUAUAGUAAAGAACCAGACAAGCGGAGGAGAAGUCCAACAGAGAGCGUAAAUACCCCCGUGGGCAAGGAGCCUGGCCUGGCUGGGCGGGGGGACCCGAAGGCCAUGGCACAGCUGAGGGUUCCCCAGCUGGGACCUCGGGCACCAAGCGCUGCAGGAAGGGGCCUUAAGGAACUGGACACCAGAAGUUUAAAGGAAGAGAAUUUUGUUGCUUCUAUUGGGCCUGAGGUAAUCAAACCUGCCUUUGACCUUGGUGAGACGGAGGAGAAAAAGUCCCAGAUCAGCGCAGACAGCGGUGUGAGCUUGACAUCUGCUUCCCAGAGGACCGAUCUCGACUCUGUCAUCGGCGUGAGUCCAGCUGUCAUGAUCCGAAGCUCAAGUCAGGAUUCUGAAGUUAGCACCGUGGUGAGUAAUAGUUCCGGGGAGACCCUUGGAGCAGACAGUGACCUGAGCAGCAACGCAGGUGAUGGGCCAGGCGGCGAGGGCGGUACCCACUUGGCAAGCUCUCGGGGCACUUUGUCCGACAGUGAAAUUGAGACUAACUCUGCUACCAGUGCCAUCUUUGGUAAAGCCCAUAGCUUGAAGCCAAGCGUCAAGGAGAAGCUGGUGAGCAGCCCAGUUCGCUCUUCCGAAGAUGUAAGCCAGCGAGUCUAUCUCUAUGAGGGACUCCUAGGAAGGGACAAAGGAUCGAUGUGGGACCAGUUAGAGGAUGCUGCUAUGGAGACCUUUUCUAUAAGCAAAGAGCGUUCUACUUUAUGGGACCAAAUGCAGUUCUGGGAGGAUGCGUUCUUAGAUGCUGUGAUGUUGGAGAGAGAGGGCAUGGGCAUGGACCAGGGGCCCCAGGAAAUGAUUGACAGAUACCUGUCCUUGGGGGAACAUGACCGGAAGCGCCUGGAGGAUGAUGAAGAUCGCUUGCUGGCCACGCUUUUGCACAACCUCAUCUCCUACAUGCUGCUGAUGAAGGUAAACAAGAACGACAUCCGGAAGAAGGUGAGGCGCCUGAUGGGGAAGUCGCACAUCGGGCUCAUGUACAGCCAGCAAAUCAAUGAAGUGCUCGAUCAGCUGGCGGACCUGAAUGGGCGAGACCUCUCUAUCCGUUCCAGUGGCAGCCGGCACAUGAAGAAGCAGACUUUUGUGGUGCAUGCCGGGACAGACACAAACGGCGACAUCUUUUUCAUGGAGGUGUGCGACGACUGCGUGGUGCUGCGCAGCAACAUCGGGACAGUGUACGAGCGCUGGUGGUACGAGAAGCUCAUCAACAUGACCUACUGUCCCAAGACCAAGGUGCUGUGCUUGUGGCGUCGCAAUGGCUCCGAGACACAACUCAACAAGUUCUACACUAAGAAGUGUCGGGAGCUGUACUACUGCGUGAAGGACAGCAUGGAGCGCGCCGCCGCCCGCCAGCAGAGCAUCAAGCCGGGACCUGAGCUGGGUGGCGAGUUCCCCGUGCAGGACAUGAAGACCGGCGAGGGGGGCUUGCUGCAGGUCACCCUGGAAGGGAUCAAUCUCAAGUUCAUGCACAACCAGGUUUUCAUAGAGCUGAAUCACAUUAAAAAGUGCAAUACAGUUCGAGGCGUCUUUGUCCUGGAGGAAUUUGUUCCUGAAAUUAAAGAAGUGGUGAGCCACAAGUACAAGACACCAAUGGCCCAUGAGAUCUGCUACUCUGUGUUGUGUCUCUUCUCGUAUGUGGCUGCAGUUCGUAGCAGUGAGGAAGACCUCAGGACCCCACCCCGGCCCGUCUCUAGCUGAUGGAGAGGCGUUGCGGCCCCCCGGCCCAGGGGAUGCUGCUGCCUCCUGCCUUCCCAUGCACACGACCCUGCUGUGACUGAGUGGAUGUGUGUGCGUAUGUUCUCUGCAGGCCCCUCGUGGCUUGGUUGGUCCCUAGUUCCAUGUCUCAGUGUGUCUUGGAGUAUGUGUCACACAGCUGAGUUAGUCUCCGGCCCCUUCUCCUCCUCCAUUCCAGAAGACCAGCGUACUGACCCCUCGGGGUCUGUGUGUGUCUUGUUUGUUGGGCCAUUGGCUUCUAAGAACAGAGUCCAGGCCAGUGCGAGCCCAGUAUUGCGUGUCCUUGAGACAUUUGUGUUGUGAUGCCUUGUCCCUGGUGUUCGGACCCUCCAGUGCAGGCCUCUGGCCCCUGUCCUCUGUGCUGGCACAACUGUGUGCCUCGAGCAGCCUUGGUGGAGAUGAGGGAAGUUUGAGGCCUGUCCUCUCAGAGAUGGGCAGGGAAAGGACAAAGGUUGGGAGAGCCGAGGGGCAGCAGAGCGUGUGGCUGCCGCCUGCUUCCUAGCGCCUCUCCCCAGCUGGCAGCACUGCCAGGGCCGCACGCCUGCCGCUGCCUGCUGUGGCCUCCACCACGGCCAAGCAGCAGCGCUGCAGGGCCGCUUUUUGCUGAGCAGCGAUUGCCCUAUGGUCUCUCUUGCCUUCAGUGUGAGAAAACAGAGUGGUUGGGACUGGGCAUGUCCCAGGGACCCUGGCCGCCCCACCCGGGAGCCGGGCCGGGCUAGGAAAAGGCCGAGCUCGGUGUACAUAUCUGAGUCUGCAGGCAGCGUCUCGGCACUGAGUGCCCGAAAGGAGAGGGGCUGGGACUGGGGAAGACACCCCUGUAAAUACUUCCGCUCCAUGUUAUUUAUAGAACUUGUACAGAACUGUGACUGUGAAUAAAUGUCUUUACUCCCUUUGGGCUCCUGGCUGCCUUGCCUUG